AUGCGUGAGUAUUACUGUUACAAGCUCCAAAUUAGGGACGACGAAGAAAAUGGAGUUUUACAUGCUGGGAGAGUGUUCCAACAAUACUCUGUUGACGAAUCCAUCAAGCUUGAGACUCAAAGGUUAGAUUUCUAUUCAUUUGAUCAAGAUUUAUUUCAAAUUGAUGUGUUAGCGAGCAUUCCUAAUGUUCUAAGACACGGAGAGAGAGAGCCAUGCAACAUUGGCAGACAAAGUUUUCUUCCUGCAAGUUUUAUAGAAGGUCCUAGGGAUAUCCGCCGACGAUAUAUGGACGCUAUUGCUUUAGUGCAAAAUUUUGGAAAACCUGAUAUAUUUUUGACAAUGACAUGUAAUCCAUCUUGUCCAGAAAUAGAAGAACAUUUAUUGGUAACAGAUGAAGUACAAAAUAGACCCAAUUUAGUUAGUCGUGUGUUUAGAGCAAAAGUAGAUGAGAUGAAAAUAGAUAUUCUAAAGAGAAAUAUAUUUCGAAAAGUUUCUGCUUUUAUGUACACUAUUGAAUUUCAAAAGUACGGUCUUCAACAUGCUCAUUUUCUGAUCAUACUCAAAGACGAAUAUAAAUUGUUAACUUCGGAAGCUUACGAUAAAUUUGUUUGUGCUGAAUUGCCUGAUUCUGAUAAGAAUGAUUACCUGUAUUCACUUGUUACUAAACAUAUAAUGUACGGACCUUGUGGUAGUUUAAAUCCUAAAUGUCCUUGUAUGAAGAAUCGAGAAUAUUGCAAGUUCAAAUAUCCAAAAGAUUUUGCUAAUCAUACAUCAAAGGGAAAAAAUGGAUACCAAAUUUACCAAAGGUGA